AUGACGCGGAUCCAGCCAACGCUUCUGAGAUACACAUGCGCCUGCCGCGUCUCGACGCUGCUGACUGGUCUGCAAUUCACGAGACUUUCUGCAGCAGCCACUGGUUUCCGCAUAUUGUAUGCCCCGAUUCGUAGAGGCCUCCAGACUUGUGAUGCUUCUGGUUGGGCCACUCGAAGGUCGGCGGGCUCUAACCCUGGAUACGAACCUCCACAGUCAUUGCUGAACUUCUUACAUGGUCUUUUCACUCUGGUACAAAUGCUGUUGGCAAGAGGCUGUUUGGGCCGUUCUAGAACACCAUUGGUAGUGAGUGACCAGGUUACCGUGAUGGUGGGUGAUAUCGCUGAAAAGCCUUUGUCCUUUCAUCUCUUGGGUGUAGCGGAUAUCGAACGACAUUGUACCGGCUAA